AUGCCUCGUCUCACGAAACACACAUUUCCGCCGUUCUAUGCUUGCUAUCUGCUAAAGUCUAUCCAAUCUCCUCUAUCAAAAGCAACAUACAUAGGAAGCACUCCAUCUCCUCCUCGCCGAAUACGUCAGCACAAUGGUGAGCUCACUCAAGGCGCCCGGAAAACGCGUCAUAAGCGUCCAUGGGUAAUGCAAAUGAUUGUCCACGGAUUUCCUUCACGACUGGCUGCACUGCAAUUUGAAUGGGCAUGGCAACAUCCUCACGUUUCCAGACAUCUGCGGGAUCCUCUGGGCAAUCCUAUCUUUAAAAAUUCUGCAUCAAGCCUCAAGAAAAGAAUCGAAACCGUUCGCGCAAUGGUAUCAAAUCACCCAUUCAGUAAAUGGCCACUACAUGUCAAGCUGUUCACCCAAGAGGCCGUCGACCACUGGGAGGCUUCUACUCAGGCGUUGCCUUUGCCAAUCGGUUUCACUUGCUGCAUUGAAUUAGAGGGUGUUGACGGCAAGUCAGGGAAAACGGGAUCUGGUCGCAAAGGUCCUCUCAGUGUCACUGAUGAACAGUUCACUUCCGCCAUUCUGGCGAAGAACACGGCCCUUGUGGCAUCAGGAGUGCCGUUGGAGUGUUCUGUGUGCAAGGAGUCACUUGAUGAAUAUGCCAUCGAUGCCUUAACUACAUGUCUCUGCCCCACACCAGAAUGCACGACUGUAUCUCAUAUAAUCUGUCUUUCACGUCAUUUCCUCAACGGUGAUGCUGAAAACAUGAUCCCCAGAGGGGGACAUUGUACAUCAUGCCGUAACUAUAUCCUCUGGGGUGAUAUCGUGCGUGGAAGUUACCGCCGUGAUGCAGGGGGGAGUGUACCUCAACCGGCAGACGAUGAACAAGACGAGGCGAGCACAUCCGAGUCAGAUUUGGAAGAACACCUCUCUGCUCCUGAUAGGCCCUCAACCUCAAAGGCCGGAAGAUCAAGGUCAGGACAAAAGUCGUCCAAGGCCUCAAAUGAAGGGCAGAAUUUAGAGAAGCACCCAACUUUUCAAUCCUCUGAAACUCACCGAAUCAAAGCGACUUCGACGUCAAAGCCUAGAAAGUCCCGACAAAAGAAAGCCAUCGCAGGGGACGAAAGCAGCGGAGAGUCGUUUGAUUUUCACUCAGAGUCUUCCUCUGGAUCGACGCGUUUGCCACUCAAAAAGACGCGUGGUAGGCCCCGAAAAGUCGCGGUAUUGACGUCAACGACUCCAGAGUCGUGUCAAAAGAAUGCCAUCAUCGGGGUGAACGAAACCAGCGGAGAGUCUUCCGACCUCCAAUCGGAGCGUUCCACUGCAAUGACGCCCCAGAAAAGUAAGCCUCGGAAAAGUGUGGCUUUGACAUCCAUGCCCAGAAAGUCGCGACAGAAAAAAGCUAUUGUUGCUGGAGAUGAAUCCAGCGGCGAAUCAUUCGAUUUCGACUCCGAGCGUUCCACUGAGUUGGCAAGUCAGCCACCUAAAAAGACCCGCGGAAGGCCUCGAAAGUUCCUGGACUCAUUUCCUGUGCCCCAGGAACCUGUGGUAGGAAGCUAUUCUUCGACUGCGCUUAGUAUAUCAGAAAAACAUGGGGAUUCUCUUGACUUAAAUGGGAUCAGCUAUUUAGAAGCUGCUGCUGAUUCUGUCAACGAGCCUGCUGCCCCGGCUCAACGGUCUGGCAAUGUUGUACGCCUUUCUCCUAAACUUGUUCUGCCAACAUGCGACAAGCAGCUUGUGAGCACGACAGCGCUUACACGAACGAUGGGAGGUUUGUCCAUAGGGUCAUCGCCAAAGAGUACUCGUAAGCCACUGGUAGACGUGGCGGUUAUCGAGGUAUCUGACUGA